AUGGCUCUCGAUGCAACCAGUUUUAAUCAAUAUCAAGAACCAACAAAAUCACUAACAAAAGUAAUAAUACAUAGAAAUGGUGAGAGCAAAGAGUGGAUAGGUAAUGAAUAUUCAACCCCUUCUUCAGGAAGAAACUCAAUAUAUUCAUCAAUAUCUAUACCACCUUCACCUUUAUUACAUAAUAUUCCUUUAAAUCGUCAAAAUAAAGAAGAUGAUGGGUUAAAAUCUUUAAAAGCAUUUUCAACCAUGCCGAAUUUAAAUUUAGGCAAUGAUUCAGAAAUAAAGAAACAAUUACCAGCGAAUAAAACUUUAUCAUUAUACGAACCAAGUGAUUCAAUGUCUCAACCAAAUAUUUCCAAUCAAUCUCGUCCAUUAACCCCACAGCUUAGCAAUUCAGGAAUUUCGAGUACAACAACCACUGAAUCAUCAACUUCUUUUUCUACGCCUCUGCAAUUUAUUUUCGAAAAACCUUCCUCGAUAAGGGAUAAAUCGCAAAAGAAAAAAAAUUUUUUUCUACUUGGAACAGGGGUAGGAGGAACCGUUCGUUUAAUACAUUGUACACCUGAUAAUAAACCUUUUGCUGUAAAACAAUUUCGUAAACGACUCCCAAAUGAAUCAGAAAAAUCUUGGUUAAAAAAUAUUACCGCGGAAUUUUGUAUAGGAUCGACUUUACAUCAUGAAAAUAUCAUUGAAACCAUUGAUAUUAUACAAGAAAAUGGUCAAUUAUACCAAAUAAUGGAAUUUGCCCCUUAUGAUUUAUUUGAAAUUGUGAUGUCAAAAAAAAUGAACGAGGACGAAAUUCAUUGUUGUUUCAAACAAAUUGUGUUGGGUGUAGAUUAUUUGCAUAACAUGGGAAUCGCUCAUAGGGAUUUAAAGUUAGAUAAUUGUGUAUUAAACGAAUUUGGAAUUGUAAAAUUAAUUGAUUUCGGUUGUUCAGUCGUCUUUAAAUAUCCUUUUUAUAAUAAAGUCAUACUCUCCUCAGGUCCUUGUGGAUCGGAUCCAUAUAUUUGUCCAGAGUCGUAUACUCGCGCAUCUUAUGAUGUACGAUCAGCAGAUAUCUGGUCGUUGGGAAUAAUUUACAUAUGUAUGAUUACGGGAAGGUUCCCUUGGUUGGUGGCUAAAGCGAGUAAAGAAUCUUCAUAUAAAACUUAUUUACGUUACCCUGAUCGUUUAUUGAAAAAACUUCCUUUGGCAUCUCAUUCCAUUAUGAGAAAAAUCGUCGAAGUUGUUCCAGAAAAACGUGCCACUUUACAAGAUAUAUUUGAAGAUGAAUGGUUUAAGAAUAUUGAAUGUUGCGUAGACGGUCAUAAAUCCACCGGUCAUACACAUCACUUGAUGGAUAACAAUAAUGAUGGAACUUCCGAAAUAUAA